AUGGUUUUAGUUCAAGAUUUGUUACACCCAAACGCCGCUUCCGAAGUCAAGCAACACAAGUUGAAGACCUUGGUCCAAUCGCCUAGAUCGUUUUUCAUGGACGUCAAGUGCCAGGGUUGUUUGAACAUCACCACUGUUUUCUCGCAUGCCCAAACUGCUGUCACCUGUGACAACUGCUCCACUGUCUUGUGCACACCAACCGGAGGUAAGGCCAAGUUGACUGAAGGAUCUUCUUUCAGAAGAAAGUAGGAUGGCUACUGAGGUCUGGCUGAUUUUAGACUAAGAUCCCCAGAACAUUGUAGAAUCCUAGCAUAUCCAUUCACGUACGGAGCCGUCUCCGGUUCUUUAAUGACAGCAUUCUUUUUAUCCUUCCAUUCAGUUUAUUUAUCAUCGGUUAUCACAUACACUAUACUGAACAUCUAAUGUGCUAUAGAUAAUUUUGGUUCUCCAUUAUAUGUUAGUUAUUUGGAAAAGUCCGGUUUAUUGACGUUUUUUAAUAUAAGAUUACAGUAAGU